AAUAACAACUAUGGAAAAUUCUGGAGCUACAAAUCUACAAAAACAGAUUACCUAUCAAGAAAAAGGAACACAAACUGAACCAGAUACAACAGAAGAAAUACUCAAAGCUAUUAAUACACUUUCUACGAAGGUGGAUAGUAUGGGAAAAGAGUUACAAAAUCUAAAAGCUAAUAGUCAGCAGCAUGACUAUAAAUAUGCGGAGCUACGCCAACAUACAGAGUUACGUCGAUCGGAAGACGCUAAAAUUCCAGAGCUACAAGGAGACGAUGGGAAACUCCGAAAAACCCAUAACAAUGUUUGUUUAGAUACAGCUGCAGGUACAAGCAAAAGAGUUACUGAGAAAUCAAAAAAUACAAAUUUAAACCAGCUAUUUGCAAAACCAUUUACCCAAAAACCACAAAUGCAGAUACCAGUAGAACCGCAAACAUCUACCUACGCAGUUAGCCUACAAAAUGACAAAAAGAGAUAUAACUACAUUACACAGUCCUACAUUGAAAAUAUAUACAAAAUCCAGACAUAUUUAAACCUAAACCCAAAAUCUACACAAACAAAAAAUCCCGAAGAAGACUAUAUAACCCAGAAACUACAAGGAUAUAACAAACUUAUUGCACAACCUAAGACCAAUCCCAACCUAGUAAAAACGUGUUAUAACUACGGACUACUAAAUACAGUAUACACAUAUACCGGAGAAGAAAUAGCCGGAAUACCAGAACUACAUAAAGCAUUUUUAACAUAUAAAAGAAUUACCAAAGGAAAUUUAUUUUAUAUAAAAUGUUAUACAGCACCAGCAGAGAUACUAUACGAAGAGAUAAAAUCACCAAUACAGGUGGUAAAGAUAGGAUUAACCAGAGAUAUGAUUAUUCCAGAAGAGAUAGAAAAACAAAAUGAGAUACCAAAAGUAGAAAUACCUAACUUUUAUGCAAAUAAAAGAAUAAUUGGUAUAGCUACAAUUAUACAAGAGUUAGCAAACAAUUAUUUAAAUGGCAAUGCCAUUUGGAGCUAUUAUGCAAGAGAUCAGGUAAUGAUUUAUGCGAACUCCAAAGAGCUAAGGGAAUCAGAUAUGGAUGAAGUCCAGCGAUGGAUUUUGUCAUUAUUAAAACCAGAAGAACAACCAUCUACGAGAGCUUUGAAGAAAGGAUUUAUUUCAGAAGAUUUAUUAGUAAGAUAUUGCAAACUUAUCAGUUACAAAUACCCAGAUCAUAAAUGCUCCAAGUGCAACGGAGAAGAUAAUGUGAUACCUACAGUUGAUUUGGGAUAAAGACGAAGCUACACCAGAAGAUUCAGAU